GAGAAGAAGAUGAAUGCUGAUGAUGAUCAGCAUAAAGAAGAUGAUGAUGAUGAUGAUGAUGAUGGUGAUGAUAAGGAUCACCAGAAUCAUAAUGAGAGAAAGGAUGAUGAUGCUGAUGAUAAUGGUGAUCCUGGUCUUCAAGGAGAUGAAGACAAAGGAGUAGAUAAGGAUGCUGAUCUUCAUGUAGAUGAAGACAAAGGAGGAGAUAAUGGUGAUCCUGGUCUUCAAGGAGAUGAAGACAAAGUAGGAGAUAAGGAUGCUGGUCUUCAUGGAGAUGGAGAGGAAGAUAAUGAGAAAGAACCGAAGGAAGAUGGUAAGAAGAAGACUGGCAAUGCUGAUGAUGAUUGUGGUCUUCAAGGAGAUAAAGAGGAAGGAGGAAAUAAGGAGUUGGAUGCUGGGGUUUAUACAGAAGGAGAGAAAGGAGGAAAUUUUGAGAAAGAACAACCAAAGGAAGCUGAUAGGAAGAGGAGGAAUGCUGAUGAUGAUCAAGUCAAAGGGGCUAAGGAUAAGGAUAAGUGUAAAAUUUCUACACACGUCCCUACUCGCACCGCUGCUGGUAUUGAUAUUGUUGAUCUUCGUACUCCAACUCCUCCUCCUCCUCCUCCUCCUGUUGUUGAAGCAGUUGAGAAUGUAUAUAGCAGAAAGUCUUGGAGAGUUGAUUCUUCUGCUAAAAGAAAAACAUUGCUGAUUUCGAUGCCCCUUCAUUCCAACUAUUAACUCCUAGUCCUGUUGUUGAGGAUCUUCCAUACAGUGAAGAGAGUGGUGAGGGUGUUGGAAGUUCAAUUCCAAUCAUCACUCCAGUAAAUGUAAAAUAUCCUCGAGUAAGUAUAGUUUUAGUUUCUGUUUUAAUUUGUUUAUUUUUCUGUUUCAGUUAGUGUAUGUUUCUUGUCAUUUAGUAUAUCUUUUAUUUCAGUUAGUGUAUGUUUGUUUGUUGUCAGUUGUAUCAGUUUAU